AUGCCGUGCGUCUGUGCUACGCGUGCGUGUGCGCUGCGCGUGUGUGCUGUGCGUGUGUGCUGCGCGUGCGUGCGUGCUGCGCGUGCGUGCUGCGCGUGCGUGCCGCGCGUGCGUGCUCCGCGUGUGUGCCGCGUGUGUUCCGCGUGUGUGUGCCGCGCGUGCGUGCUGCGCGUACGUGCCGCGCGUGCGUGCUGCGCGUACGUGCCGCGCGUGCGUGCUGCGCGUACGUGCCGCGCGUGCGUGCUGCGCGUACGUGCCGCGCGUGCGUGCUGCGCGUACGUGCCGCGCGUGCGUGCUGCGCGUACGUGCCGUGCGUGUGUGCUGCGCGUGUGUGCCGCGCGCGUGUGCUGCUGUCUGUGUCGCCAUGGCGGAGCAGUUGGCGGAAAUGAACCUCUUUUUUCCCUUAUUUUGUCUCAGCUUCCUCCCACCCCCUAUCCCCCCUUCCCCCCUGUCUCCCCCGGUCCCGCUCCCCCCCUCUCCCCACCAGGCGGGGCGCGCAUCCCAGCGGGCGCCACAGCGGAUCUGCUGGUAGAGCUCGCAGCCUCCGCCACCAUGGUCCCCGCCCACAUCGAGGCGCUCGCGCGCGCCGCCAGCUACCCCGGACCGGAUGCUGCUGCCAACGCCGCGAACACUGCGCCUGCUGCUGCUGGCUACCCCAGACCUGCUGCCGCGAACAGCGCUGUGGCAGCCAUAGCUGCGACGGGUGCGGCUGGUGCGACCGCAGCAGCUGGUUUGCCAGCUGAGAUGGAUGAAUUUGCUGCGAUGGUUGCGACGCUGCCUGCCCGUAUCGCCGUGUUCACGGACUUGGUUGCAGUUGCUCUAACGCGUUUGCGAGAGCGGGAGGCGAGGGAGGAAGAAGCGAGGGAGGAGGGGGAGAGGGAAGAGGGAGAAGAGGGAGAGGAGGGAGAAGAGGGAGAGCAGGGAGAAGAGGGAGAGCAGGGAGAAGAGGGAGAGCAGGGAGAAGAGGGAGAGGAGAGAGAAGAGGGAGAGCAGGGAGAAGAGGGAGAGCAGGGAGAAGAGGGAGAGCAGGGUGGGGACGUGGCGGUGGGGCUGGUGGAGGGUGCUGAGCGGGCAGAGGAGGAGACGAGGGUUCACAGGGAUGAGGAGGAAGAGCAAGGCGAGAAGGAGGGUGAAAGUGGGGGAGAGAGGGUGGAAGAGAGCAACAAGGCGGGUACAAGUGCAAGUGAUGCGACGGGGGUGGGCGGCAGUGCUGAUGUGUUGCUGGAUGGUGAUGAUGAGGCGGAGGCUGAGAGAAGAGUCAUGCCGUCUGCCAGAGGGAGUGGCAGGAGGGUGAAGCGGAAGCAGCAGAGGCAAGGGAAUGAGGGAGCGGGUGGUGGUGCUGCCGAAGGCAAGCGCCGGCGAGUGCGUAUCGACGGACAACCUGCUUCUGCGCCAGCUCGUCUUUUGGGACUUCUCAACCCCCAAACCCUCAGCCCCCCCAGUCCCUCGCCCCAUCCCCUCCCUCCUGCCGGCGAGCGCGUACCGACGGAUAACCUGCUGCUGCGCCAUCUCGGCUUUUGGGACUUCUCAACCCCCAAACCCUCAACCCCCCGGGCUCCCUCCCCCUAUCUGCUCCCUCCAGCCGGCGAGCACGUGCCAAGGGACAAUCUGCUACUGCGCCCACUCGACUUGCGAGACCCGGCGUGCGCGUGCCGAAGGAAAACCUCCUGCUGUUCCAACUCGUUGCCACCGCUGCCCUCUCCGCUCCUCUCCCCCUAUUCCCCAUUUUCCCCGGCCCGCUAUCCUUCCCUCCCCACAGCCGGCGUGCCGCGGAAAGCCUCCUGCCCUGGCGUGCGCGUGCCUAUGGACAAACUCCUGCUGUUCCAACUCACCGCUCCCCUCUUCGACCCUCUUCGCCUCGCCGCCCUGCAAUCCACAACUUCCCCCGAUCCCGCGGCUGCGCCUGCCGCUGCGCCUGCUCCCGCCGUCCCCGAUCAGCCGCGCCUCCCGAUCCUGGAUUACGCCAGUGUUGCUGCUGCUGGCGCACGAGAAGAGGAGAGCAGAGAGGAGAGAGACGAGGAGAGGGGAGAGGAAAGAGAAGAGGGAGACAAGCGAAAGGAAGGAGUAGAAGGAGAGGAAGGAGAGGACGAGGCACUGGGAUUGGAGGGUACUGAGCAGGCAGAGGAGACAGCUUGCAGAGAUGAGGAGGAAGAGCAAGGCGAGAAGGAUGACAAGAGUGGAGGAGACCAGGGGGAAGAAUGCAACAAUGCAGGUGAUGGGAAGGCGGUGGACGGCAGUGCUGACGUGUCACAGGGUGGUGCUGAGGAGGCAGAGGCGAGGAGAAGAGUCAGCGAGACCGCCAGGCAAGAUAAUGAGGACACGGGUGCAGCCCAUUGGAUUGCCUACAUUGCGUCUCCUUCCCCUCAAUCUCCCUUUCCCACUCCUCCCUCUUUCCCCCUUCCGCUCCCCUCCCCUCUCGCCCUAUUCCUCUUUUUCCCCGGCCCCCUACCCUUCGUUUCCCCCCGCCGACGUGCGCGUGCCGACGGACAAUCUGCUGCUCGACUUUUGAGACGUCUCAACCCCUCAACCCCCUCGCCCCCCCUUCCCCCCCCUCCCCACCCUCCGCCCACGCACUCCCUCACCCCAGCCGGCGUGCGCGUGCCCAUGGACAACCUUCUGCUGUUCCAGCUCGCCGCCACCGCUCCUCUGUUCGACCCUCUCCGCCUCGGCGCCCCGCAACCCACACCUUCCCCCGCUUCCGCACCCGCUACCGCGCCUGCCCUCGCUCCCGCACUUGCCUCCGAUGCCGCGCCUGCCCCCGGCCCCCCUGAUCGUCCGCGCAUCACGAUCGUCGAUUACACCCCGCCGCCGCGACGCCCUCUUGCCGCCACCAACGCCCCCCGCGCGCGUCCCGCACUCUCAGACGUCUCUCUGGCCUCCACUCUCACCACCGCCUCCCACGCCGCUCCCCUCUCCCCCACUAGCGCGCGCAGAGCCUCUCCUCCCCCGUCCGGCGCGAUCCCCCCCCCCAGCGGAACCCUACCCCCCGGAGCAGCCGAGGGGCGGCCGCUUUCAGCGAUUGAGAUGGCUAUGGAACAGUUCUGUGAGUUUGAGAGCGGUAGGCUGAUGGAAGAAACGCCAGGGAUGCGGCUGGAGCAGGCUUACCGCCUGGCUGAGAGGCGGUUUGCUGAGAUGACGGGGCGGACUGGGGUGAGAAGGAGGAGACGCGUGGAGGGCGGGUGGCAGGCAGUGUUGGGGACGGUGGGGGAGGAGGUGGGGGAGGUGGUGCAGGGGGAGGAAGUGAGAGGAGUGGAGGUGGAGGGGGAGGAGGUGAGUGGAGAGGAGGUGGGGGAGGCGGAGGGGGAGGGGGAGCAGGAAGGGGAAGGGGAAUGGGAGGAGGGUGAGGGGGAGGAGGCGCAGGAGGAGGAACAGGGGGAGCAGGAGCAAGAGGAGGAGGAGGUGGAGGAGGGGGAGGGGGAGGAGGGGCAGGAGGAGGGGGAGGAGGAGGGUGAGGAGGAGCAGGAGGAGCAAGGGGAGGAGGAGGAAGAGGAAGGGGAGGAGGAGGAGGGGGAGGAGGAGGAGAAGGAGGAGGAGCAGGGAGGAGGGGAUGGGGGUGAAGAAGAGAGGGAGGAGGGGGAUGUUGGACAGGGGGAGACGAACAGUACCUCCUGUGUGCGUGCAGGAAAUGACAUGCAGUGCGUUAACUACUCAUCCACGUAA